AUGUCCAGUAAUACGCAACAAACUCUGUGGAAAACAGAACACUCUGUACCAGGAAGACCUGUUUUCGGUGCUCAACAUCCACCGCUUUCAAAAAAACCGGUUUUAUCCAAUUCGUCGAUAUUAAAGAGAAAAGGUCAAGAAAAGUUUGCUGAAUAUUCAAUCAAUACUGACGACGCUUGGGAGAUCGAUGACAGGGCAAUGACUUUAAAAAUACUUGAUAGUGAUAACAAUCCAGAAGAAGAGACGGACAAUCAUUCACAAAUCGUCGAAAUCUCUAAACAAACUGUUGAUGAAGUGGCUUCAAGAAUCAUUCAAGAACAUAAAUCGAAACGUCAAUCGAAUCAGAUCACUAUAGACGCAUCCGCUGUUCGAAGGCCGACAAUCGGAGCAAAUGUUAACUUAGCUGCUUGUCCGGGAAUCGGGCGACGAGUCGGCGACUAUCCAAAUAUUAAACCAUUAGUACCCAUUCGAUAUACUUUAACUACAAAUAACAAUAGUUCGACGUCGUCUUCGAAUAAUAUUCGAUCGAAUGUAUCUACAAAAUCCGAUAUCGAUAUUCAAAAAGAAAAUAAAUUCAAGCAAAUCAUCGAACAAUCGAAUGUUGAUCUGAAUGAACUUCGCAAAGCAAGUUGGAACGGUAUUCCAAAACAAUACCGUGCACAAGCAUGGAAAUUACUUUGUGGUUAUCUACCGGCAAAAACCGAACGACGUGACGAUACUUUAUCACGAAAACGCGAUGAAUAUUGGUCUUAUGUUAGUCAAUAUUACCACACACGUAUGGAGAUUGAACAUCAGGAUACAUUUCGGCAGAUUCAUAUAGACAUUCCGCGAAUGAAUCCUUUGAUGCCUAUAUUUCAACAGACAGUAGUGCAAGAAUUAUUCGAACGUAUUUUAUUCAUAUGGGCGAUUCGACAUCCAGCAAGUGGUUAUGUUCAAGGAAUUAAUGAUUUGGUUACACCGUUUUUUGUUGUUUUUCUUUCGGAAUUUAUCGAUAAUGAUAUUGAGCUCGAAAAUUUUGAUAUCGGUUCUUUACCUGAACAAAACCGACGAAUUGUCGAAGCUGAUAGUUUUUGGACCACAUCUUAUUUACUUGAAGGUAUUCAAGAUAAUUAUACAUUUGCUCAACCUGGUAUUCAAUACAAAGUUCGUACACUUGAAGAACUUGCCAAACGUAUCGAUGAACCAUUAUAUCGCCAUUUGAAAGACCAACAUAUCGAAUUUCUCCAAUUUGCCUUUCGAUGGAUGAAUAAUCUACUGAUGAGAGAAUUACCUGUUCGAUGUACCAUUCGCCUAUGGGAUACUUAUCUCUCUGAACAAAACGGUUUUUCUCAAUUUCAUUUGUAUAUAUGUGCCGCAUUUCUCGUUCGUUUCUCCAAGGAUCUUUUACGUGAAAAAGACUUUCAGGGAAUUCUUCUUCUUCUGCAAAAUUUACCAACACAUUCGUGGACAAGCAAUGAUAUAAGUAUCUUAACUGCGGAAGCUUAUCAAUUAAAGGUCAUGUUCGCCAAUGCACCACGUCAUUUAUCAAGCUAAAUUCUAACGAAAUCAAAUAUGUCAACGCUUGCGAACAAACAGAAACUAGUUGAACAAUUACGAGCUGAAGCGAACAUCGAACGGGUUAAAGUGUCCGUCGUAUGCAAAGAUUUGAUUAAAUUUUGUCAAGAUCAUGAAAGCGGUGACGUUCUCGUUCGCGGUUGGGCCGGAUUUGCGAAAGAAAAUCCAUUUAAAGAGAAACAAGGUUGUGUUACUUUAUGA